AUGGAGAAUAGGACAGAAGUGACACAGUUCAUCCUUCUGGGACUGACCAAUGACCCAGGUUUGCAGCUUCCCCUCUUUGUGACCUUCCUCCUCAUCUACACCAUUAAUCUUGUUGGGAACCUGGGGAUGAUCCUGUUGAUUGUCUUGGACUCCCGUCUCUACACUCCCAUGUACUUUUUCCUUGGCAACCUGUCUCUGGUGGACAUUUGUUAUUCUUCAGCUGUCACUCCCACGGUCAUGGCUGGACUCCUUCUAGGAGACAAAAUCAUCACCUACAAUGCUUGUGCUGCUCAGAUGUUCUUUUUUGGAACCUUUGCCUUUGUGGAAAACUACCUGUUGGCCUCAAUGGCCUAUGACCGCUAUGCAGCAGUGUGUAAGCCCCUGCACUACACCACCACCAUGACAACUAGUGUGUGUUCAUACCUGAUCAUAGGCUGCUAUGUCUGUGGAUUCCUGAGUGCCUCCAUCAUCACUGGGAACACUUUCAGUCUCAUCUUCUGUAAGUCCAAUGUGGUCCACCAUUUUUUCUGUGAUGUUCUAGCAGUCAUGGUUCUCUCUUGUUCAGAUAAACAUAUUAGUGAGCUUGUUCUUUUUUAUAUUGUGAGUUUCUGUAUCUUUUUUUCUCUCCUCAUUAUCUUAGUAUCCUACAUGUUCAUUUUUAUCACAAUCCUAAAUAUGCACUCAGCUGCAGGACAUAGGAAGGCUAUAUCUACCUGUGCCUCCCACUUCACUGCAGUCUCUAUUUUCUAUGGGACCCUAAUAUUCGUGUAUAUACAGCCCAGCUCCAGUCACUCUGUGGACACAGACAAAAUUGCAUCUGUGUUCUACAGUAUGGUCAUCCCUAUGCUGAAUCCUUUAAUCUAUAGCCUGAGGAACAAGGAGGUCAAGAUUGCAUUCUUAAGGGUCUGGGUUGAAAAAUCAGGUGAGAUUUGA